AGCUCAAGGGGGGGCGGGGCACCGAUGAAGCGCGCUCCGCAGGACGGCCCGGACUCGCCCAGCGCGGGGCCAGCAAAGUCUGCGCGCUCGGCCGUCGAUGGCGAGGCCGCCGCGGGCGCCCACGCGCCCCGCGGGGGCCCCGCCGCCGAGGCCGCCGCGUCGGAGGCCGAGGAGGCCUUCCAGAAGGUCUGGAAGAACAAGCCGGCGUGCCUGUCCCUGCUCUGCAGGCAGGCGCAGCGCAUCGAGCGCGUGUGGGACGAGGACGAGACGCUGCGCAGGGCGCUGCUGGCGGCUUGGUCCUCGUGCCUCGAGGCGCUGGCCGCGCACAAGGACAAGACCAUGCAGGAGCUGAGCAGCCUCGCCCCGAAGAUCACGCCGGACGCCAGCCUCAGGCACUUCCUGACCAUCGCGCUCCCGGUGGAGCGCCAGCACACGAGGGGCCUGCGCGACCACGAGUUCCUGGUGCUGCGCCCGGACGACCUGGCGCGUGGCGACGCCACUGCCGCGGCGGACGCGGCCGUGGCCAGAGCCGAGGCGCGCGACGCCGCCUCGCGCCCUCGGAUGCCGCUGACGGUCGUCCUGGACAACCUGCGCUCGGCCUUCAACGUGGGCUCCAUCUUCCGCACCGCCGAGUGCCUCCGCGCGGAGCAGCUCUGCCUCUGCGGCUACACCGCCGCGCCCGAGCCCGGGGACGCCGACGGUCGCGGGCAGGGCAGGGCGGCCGGCGGCGGCGGCCACACGGCCCGGGCCGCGAUGGGCGCCGACGCGCACGUGCCGUGGAGCCGCCACGAGCGCGCCGCGGACGCCGUGGCGGCGCUGCGGGCGCGGGGCGUGCCCGUGUUCGCGCUGGAGACCGUGGAGGGGGCGACACCGCUGCACGAGCUGGUCUUCCCGUCGCCCUGCGCGCUGCUCCUCGGCAACGAGCGCCACGGGCUCGAGGCGGACCUGCUGGGGCUCUGCAGCGCGCCCGUCCGCAUCCCGUGCCACGGGGUGAAGAACUCCCUGAACGUGGCGGUCGCGUUCGCCAUCUGCGCCUACGAGGUCGCGCGGCAGUGGCAGUGGGCUGGGGGCGGCAGCGACGCGGGCCCCGCCGGGGGUGGUGCUGGCGGCGUCGGGGUGGCGCCCACUGCCGGCACCGAGGCGGAGAUAGAAAAGGCCGGGCACCGCGCUCCCGACACGACGUCCGACGCACGCACUAGCCAGGUGCCGCUUACCGAGGUGGCGCCCACUGCCGGCACCGAGGCGGAGGUAGAAAAGGCCGGGCAUCGUGCUCCCGACACGACGUCCGACGC